AUGUCUUCAAUCAUAGAAUUCGACUCGACGCUCAAGGACCUCUACGCACUUAGUCCUGGCGAUGAUGCCGAGAUCCACCUCUGCCACACGAUACCAACAGUGCAGGUGCAGAUGACGAAGAAAAUUCCUAUCUGUAAGAAGUACGCCUACCAAGACCCUCUUUCUCACAAGGAUAGAGGCGUCCAGGCUCGUAUCUUUUCCCAAGUUGUGCCUCAGCUGUUUGGCAUCAUUGCAGGCAAGAUGAACCUCAUCAUGUUUGACCUGGACGGACAAGGCAGAGAUGAUGUGGAUCUGAAGCCUCGAGCAGACACACAAAAGGUCAUGCAGCAGAUCUGUGAGCAUCAGCGGCCGACAGUCACCUACGUGCGAAGUCCUUCAGAUGUCGUAAUCUCCGAGGGGGCCAAACUCGGUCUGGCCAAUCCUAUGGACUGCCUCGAGCAUCUUCCUGCCGCGGUUCCGCUCGAAGCUCACUACCGGGCACUCUCCAAGCGAGAGUUGGUGUUUUCAGGCUUACCUACACCACCCUCGAUGGUGAUCGACACUCAGCUCAAUCCGGAGCAGGUUCUUGACUCGGAAAUUCGGGCCAAAGAAGUAACCCAAAUGCUCUCUUGCAUCGAGGAAAAGAGCCUUCCAUUUGUGGUCAAGCUUCCUCAGGCCCUUUCCGGCCAGGGAACCUUCCUUAUUCGGAACGAGUCCGAUAGGUCGGCAAGCUUGGCGGUUCUGAGACAAGAAGUGGAUCAUAUGCUUGUUCAGCUCAACGACUCCAAUAGCCAUCUACAUCCUACAAGCAUCGUCGUACAGGAGAUUGUUCCUGGUUCGGCUCUCGCGAUUUCCUUGUUUUUGCCCAAAAACGGAGAACCGAUCCUAACCUCGUGCUGCGAUCAAUUCGUAUCUGAGGAUGGUCAUUGGGAUGGUGGACAUAUCGACUACUCUAAGCAAUCUCAUCUCAAGGCUGAGUAUCUACCUAUUGCCAAAAAGAUCGCCGCUUACAUGAGCCGUCUUGGGUACUAUGGCCCGCUGGGAGCGGAUAUUAUGACCGAUGUCGAGGGAAAUCACUUGGUGAUCGAUCUCAACGCUCGUGUCACCGGUUCUCACCCCUUGGGAUUUCUCAAGGGCUUUUUCAGCGUUACGCGAGGUUUCAACGACGCUGCCGUCUUUUUUCCUCUAUUCAUUAAUUUGAGUUUAGACCAGUUUCGGGAGAUAUUCAGUGCCGAGCUAGACGAGGGGAGAAUCGUUAUUGCAGGUUGGUGCCAUGAACAAGGGUUGCAGAGUAGUGUUACGACCAUAAUUGUUGCAGCGGAGGAUCAGGAGCGCCUGGGGGCACUUGCACAGAGGAUCAAAGCAUUUGCCACUCUCGGUCAUUGA